AUGAAAGCAUUGCAAAAGAAUUAUCUUCCAAAAUUUGCAAUAAAUACACUAUCAAGAUUCAGCACAUCGGCAGAAUUAAAACAACAAGGUGAAUCAGUGAAACCAAAAUCAACAGUUGAUUUUCAAGAUGUUAUUCAUCAUUCAAAACACAGCGAUAACUGGUGGGAUCCUCAUGGGGAAUUGGGAGCUCUUCAUACCAUGAAUUCAUUGAGAGUAAAAUUUGUCAGAGACGGUUUGGCUAAUGUUGGUUUUAAAGAAACAAACCCAAGUCGUCCUCUUGAAGGUAUCAAAUUAUUAGAUGUUGGAUGUGGUGGAGGAAUCCUAUCAGAGCCACUUGCAAGAAUAGGAGCUAAUGUCACUGGACUUGAUGCUUCUAAGGAACUAAUAUCUAUAGCAAGACAACACGCAUUAUUAGAUAAAGAUCUUUCAUCAAAUUUAAACUAUGUACAUACACCAAUUGAAGAUUAUUCGCAAGAACAAAAAGAAAAAUUUGAUGCAGUUGUUGCUUCUGAAAUCCUUGAACACGUGAUUGACCAAGAAUUAUUUUUAAAGUGUUGUUCAGAAGUUUUGAAACCCAAAGGAUCUAUAUUUAUCACAACGUUGAAUAAAAACUUGAUUUCUUGGCUGGGUGGUGUUGUUUUUGCUGAGUAUGUAUUAGGACUUUUACCAAAAGGAACUCAUGACUGGAAUAAAUUUAUAACUCCAGAUGAUACCAAGCGAUUACUAGAAAAGUGUAAUUGCAAAACUAAGUUGGUACAUGGAAUGUUAUAUAAUCCAGCAACUAAGCAGUGGUCAUGGACGACUUCAACAGCAAUAAAUUAUGCUCUUCAUGCGGUCAAACAAGAUAGUAUUAAAACUGAUAAUGCAUAA